CUCGAACAAUCUUGCUCACCGAACGGGUUCUUCAACUUUUAUGUCCUUAAUAUCGACGUCAAGACUGGAAUUUAUCUUCUUUUUUAAUGCACCGAACGCUUUAUUUCUCGAGAUAUGAAUAUUCUUCAUUACAUUUCAGUAUUUAAACAGCUCGAUAACGGAGCUGAUAAUAUUUUAAAAUUCAAUUAAGUUUUUAAGUUCGCUGAACUACUCGAUCGAUUCAAAUGGUCAGUUUAUGCAUAAGACUGUAGGCACUUGUAAUAUGUAAGUACGCGCAAGCGCAACGCGUGUAUUCUGAUUCUAGCAUACGAGUGUAUUUAUUGUGUACCGACAACAUGCAUCUACAGAGACAUCCAUCGAACACACAAGAAAUUCGGAUAAAGAAUCGCGUCCAUAAAUGGCGGCGAGUGAUUCUGUACGUUGCACUUCUUUCGCGUCGAAUUUGAAGAAUGUCGCAACCUCGACAGGGUGUGAUUAGUGAACGGUGUAUUUCUUCUCCUUGGUGGAUCUCCUUUAAAUUUUGUGAUCAGUAUUAUCAUUUGUCUGCCACUGUUGCAAUAUAUUUACGAGUUCAUAUGAUUGGCUCCUCAUUAUCAUUAAGGUUUUCUAUUUGGUCGAUAAGACUGUCUGUAUGAGCAAAAUAUUUUAGCCAAUGUAUCAUGGCUAUCGUGAAAUUGUUAGAAGGAAUGUUCGUACGAGUUACAUCAAGCAACCGUAUAUUUCCGUUUUAUCAAUUAAUGACGAGAUAAUGUUACGAUGGUUGAUGACCUGUAGAGCAAAGAGUGCCUAUCUGGUAAUGAUAUCGGUCAAGCAAUUAUGUCUUCCUAUAAGUUUUAGAUAAAAUGGUCUUUUCCUUCCCAUUGUGGUCGAUGUAGUUGCAGGUGCAUACGAUAUAUGAUUGUUUGUUAAAUUCUUUUCAGACUUACCGAAUAGAUGAACCGCCGUUUUCACAUCCAAAAAGCUUAUGCCUCGUUAUUUGGCUUGUAGAAUUAUCAUUAUAUCCGGUAUUAAUUAAUUUAAGUAAUGUAAUCGAACGGUGUAGAAUUAAUCGUUAUUUGCGUCAUGGUUAAUAGCGGAUUAGUUCAAAGGAAAUGCUAAACGUAACGUAACGUAAACGUCUGGUUGCUGUUUCUUGAGAACGCGAUGUUAUAAUUCACGUGACUCGAUUACGGUGUUAUCAAACGUUAUAAAACAUCAUGGACUUUCAACUUUUCGUUUAACAGCAACUCUCUCGUGUUAUCAUCUAGCCGAAAGUCAAGGAAAAGAGUGGAAGUAGGGAAAAUAAAUAAGCGUAAUAGUAAACGGAGUGAUCUCUUUAACUCGACAUCAGAAAGUCUCUCGUGCUCGUGAAGAACCACGCGACAAUUCGUUUCGUCGCGCACACCUACCUUGUCAGCCGUCACAGAAAAUUCAUUCACGUAGUAGCAUCGCUUCUCUCAUUCAAGAAGCUUCUACCUAAAGAUAACGUUUGUGACAAUCAGAUAAAUAAAAACUUGCAAACAUGGUCGUCCCUACGGAACAUGCUCUUAACGAGGCGAUACAAGUAGCGCCGUUGGUACUUUCGGACGAAGUAAAGAGACAUAAAAUCGAAACAAGACUGGCACGGCUACGGUUUUCGGCUGCCACUGUAAGGAAGAUCCAGGAUGUUUUUGUGUCGGAAAUGAAUAAAGGAAUUCACCAGCAGCCGUCGUCACUGCAGAUGGAGAAUACCUAUGUCCCGGAGUUUCUCGAUGGCACAGAGGAGGGCUUGUAUUUGGCGCUGGACCUUGGAGGCACGAAUUUCCGAGUGCUUCUUUUAGAAUUGCUUCAUGGUACACCUAUACGCGAAAAAGUGAAGAAAUAUCACAUUAGCUCUGAUUUGAGAGUAGGCUCGGGGAUUCGUCUGUUUGAUUACCUAGCAGAAUGCGUCAGUGAUUUCGUCAUUUCACAGGGUCUUCAGGAUGUAGAGCUUCCUCUUGGAUUUACGUUCUCCUUCCCGAUAAUUCAACAUUCGUUGGAUAUUGGAGUACUGGUGACUUGGACUAAAACCUUCAAUUGUCCCGACGUUGUUAACGAAGAUGCCGUGAAAUUGCUUCACGAAGCUUUGGAUCGUCGAGGAGACACUAAAGUGAAAGUCGUGGCGAUUCUGAACGACACUACAGGAACAUUGGUGCAGGGAUCAACGUUAGAUCAUAAUACUGCAAUUGGACUUAUUUUAGGCACCGGUAGCAAUGCCUGUUAUCUUGAACGAGCUGACAGAGUCGAACAUUGGGAAACUGAGAGACACGGAGAACGCGAAGUUAUUAUCGACAUUGAAUGGGGUGCAUUUGGAGAUAAUGGUGUCCUGGACUUCAUUAAAACAGACUACGAUCGUGAAAAUGAUGCGAAUUCGCUUAUUGUAAAUUCAUUUACAUUCGAGAAGUAUAUUAGUGGAAAAUACUUAGGCGAGAUUGUGCGGGUAGUGCUCGCAAAGUUAACCAAAGAAGGCCUUCUAUUUAUAGGGGAUCACACGCCCGGAUCCCUUUUAGUCCCGGGCAAUCUCACAAGCGAUUUAGUAUCUGAUAUCGAACAAGACUCUGUGGACGGUGGCGAUAGCAGUACGAAGGAAAUUUUAAUGAAGUUUGGUAUCGUUCCGGACAACGAGGACGUGAAAAUAGUACAAUACGUUUGCGAAGUGGUAUCUAAUCGUGCAGCUCUUCUCGUUUCGAUAUGCCUAGCAGUCUUGUUAAAACGAAUCGAUAAGAAGAGCGUCACAAUUGCUGUAGAUGGAUCUCUUUACAAACAUCAUCCUAGACUAGAGACAUGGAUAAAACGAUAUAUUCCACUGUUAGCUCCUGAUCAUGAAUUCAAGAUGAUCCAUGCCGAGGACGGAAGCGGAAAGGGUGCUGCAUUGAUUGCUGCAAUCGCACAAAGACUUCAGAAAAGAUUAGAUUAGUACUAGCUAAAAGUUUCAAGUACAAUGGCGUAUAAGUUUUUUGUUAGUGGCGUAAGUAAUUUGCAUCGGAUCUCUAGUUAAACAAAUUGUUCAGAGUAUAGAAUAAUUUUAACAAUCAUGUACAGUCACAUUCCCUAUGUUAAUAAUGUCACCAUUCACGUUUCUGAUCUUCCACAUUCAAAGGUCUUAUAUAUAUAUUUUUGUUAUACCUUUGAAGCGUUAGUAUAUACAAAUUAUUGUACUGUUGUAAUAGAAAGCAUUCUGUUAUUACUCAUUUUGUAUCACAGAGUGAUAUUCGGAGGAAAAAGUUAGAUUUAUGAAUUGUAUAUUUUUAUCAGAAAAACAUUUAAAAAACACGUUACUCAUAAAAGGAAUGUAACGUCAUCGAAUGUUUGUGUACUUCGCUUAGAAUUUACAUUUUACAGCGUUUUUAGGAACUACAUAUCUUCCUGAAUACUUAUGUUUAAAUACUUUAUUUUUCUUACAUUGUUCAAAAUAUUCGUGACGUUAUUUGUUAUUUGUUAUUAAUUGGGUUUCGUUUUAUUAUUGUUACGUAAGGUUAGUUCGAUCUUACUUGUUGAAGAUUUUUCUCGAAAUUUAAAAAAUGAAAAUACGUGCUAUGUAUGAGGUGUAAUUGUGUAUCGUGAAGAAAAUGGUACGAUCACGAUUGAUAUUGCGAAUAUUUCUUGAGUAUCGUGAGCAGUUUGUACUCCCAUCUUAGGAAUAUGAGACAAUUGUGAUAUGAACCACUGAACAAAGGUAUUGGAACAAAGUGAUAGGAGAGUUAAAUACAAAGUAAGAAAAAAAUCGCGUAAAUAUUCUAGAACACAAAUGUUUGUAUAAAAUGUUAUAUCUUGUAAAUGAUUGCGGGGACGUCCGGUUUUUUGUACUAGCGGAACGAGAUUGUUAUAAUAAAUCCAUAAAUGAAAAUCGA